AUGAAAGAUGCCUCCCGAGUCUUUUUUCUUGAUGAUUCUCUGAGCCUCAAGACACCUCCCGGGUGUCUUCUGGUACCUCUUCCACCUUCUCCAGUUGAUGAUUUUCUGACACCACAGAAACUGCCCGAGUGUCGCCGGGGACCUAUAUCAUUUCAUAGAGCAGAUGAUUUCAGGAGAUGCAAGACGAGACGCAAGACACCUCCCGACUCUUUUUUCGUACCUCUUCCACCUUCUCCAGUUGAUGAUUCUCUGAGCCUCAAGACACCUCCCGGGUGUCUUCUGGUACCUCUUCCACCUUCUGCAGUGCAUGAUUUUCUGACACCAGAGACACCGCCCGUUGAGUGUCGCCGGCGACAUGUAUCAUUUCUUCGAGCAGAUGAUUUUAGGAGACGCAAGACACCUCCCAACUCUUUUUUCGUACCACUUCCACCUUCUUCAGUUCAUGAUUCUCUGAGUCUCAAGGCACCUCCCGAGUGUCUUCUGGUACCUCUUCCACCUUCUGCAGUGGAUGAUUUUGUGACACCAGAGACACCUCCCAUCGAGUGUCGCCUUCAUGAUUCUCUGAGUCUCAAGACACCUCCCGAGUGUCUUCUGGUACCUCUUCCACCUUCUGCAGUGGAUGAUUUUGUGACACCAGAGACACCUCCCAUCGAGUGUCGCCAGGGACCUUUACCAUCUUCUAGAGUUGAUGAUUUUAGUAGACAGAAGACACCUCCCAACUCUUUUUUCGUACCUCUUCCACCUUCUCCAGAAACUGCCCGAGUGUCGCCGGGGACCUAUAUCAUUUCAUAG